AUGAACACAAUAAAGAGACAGGAAGAAAAAUUUAAAAAAAUUUUGAAUAUUUUUGAAGACGAAGUGCAUAAAAAGCCGUCUAAAUUUUUUUGUUUUUAUUGUUUAGGGGGAUACAGUUGGACAUGA